AAUUACCAAUAUCUCACCAGCUGUACUGUGUGUUCCCCGAUACCCCCUAUGCCCUAUUGGCUCAUCUCCUUUCACAAGAUAACAUCAACCACCUCGAACCUUUACAUAAUCAAAUACCUUUUGCUUCUCUCAAACCGCCAUUGCUUAAACUACUGCUUUCCCUUAUCGUACGCCUGUGUGCCCACUCUCACUCCCUCUUCUCUUUUCUUUAAAAAGAAGAAGAAGGAAAAAGCGUCGUCAUCAUCGCCCUCAUCUGCUCAGAAACUAACCCGCAGACCUGAAACCCUGCUUUCUUCCACUAGACUGCUACUCUACACCAUCUCUCUCUCUCUCUCUCUCUCUCUAGCUGCACAUACAUGUACAGGUAAUUAAGAUUGAAUCUUGCCUGAUUUGCAAACCAAGUUUCAGUCUGGUGUUUCAAGUUGCUGGGUUAUUUUGGUAUACUCUACUGUGAUACAGAUCUGGGGUUUUUGAGGAUUAGGGUUUCCAUGCAAAUGGGUGCAGCUAACGGAUAAGGGUUAUCGUUUUGUUUUCUUUAGAUUUUAUCUACUGGAUCUCUAAAUUUGCUGCAACUACCAGACAAAGACAAGUUGGAUAAACCUUGAAAGUGAUAUCGUUGUCAAGUUGUGAUUCAAGGAAAACGGCAAGUGAUUAAAGGCGGUUCUCUAAUCUUUUGAUUUGUAGAAUCAUGGCAAACCGAUGGUGGGCUGGAAAUGUAGGCUUAAAUCCGAUGACAUCUUCGGGACAGCCGCCGUCGCUUCACUUGAGAAACACGGUCGAGGAUGACAAGUCGGGGUUGAACAGGGUUGGGCAGGUUAGGAUGGAGCAAGAGUUCUUGGAAGCCGCUACGAAUAGUACGGGGAGCAAUUCGAAUAAGAAUCCUAACCCUAACCAGAUGAAUGAUGAUCAGAACGAGGAAAACGAUGAAGAGUUUGGGAACCAGGAACACAAUAAUAUUGGGGGAGGAGGGUCGUUGGAGAUCUCGGAACCGACUAGCUCCGGCGGUGGUCGCCGACCGCGAGGGAGGCCACCAGGUUCAAAGAACAAGCCGAAACCGCCAAUAGUGAUCACGAAAGAGAGCCCUAAUGCUCUCCGGAGCCACGUGCUGGAAAUCAGCAGUGGCAGCGACAUUUCCGAGUGUGUAGCGACAUUUGCACAGCGGCGUCACCGUGGUGUGUCGGUAUUGAGCGGCAGCGGCAUCGUCACCAAUGUCACUCUCCGCCAGCCGGCCGCACCGGGUGGGGUGCUGACUCUUCAGGGGAGGUUCGAGAUUCUAUCUCUAUCGGGUGCAUUCCUGCCUGCACCAUCUCCUCCCGGAGCCACCGGGCUGACAGUAUACUUAGCAGGUGGUCAAGGUCAGGUGGUAGGUGGAACAGUGGUGGGUCAGCUGGUGGCGUCUGGUCCGGUUAUGGUGAUUGCGGCCACGUUCACGAACGCGACUUACGAGAGGCUGCCAUUGGAUGAGGAGGGAGGAGCAACGGGGGAAGGUAGCGAAAUGCAAUUACAGCAAACAUCAGGGUUAAAUGCAGGGAACAGUCCUAAAUCUGGAGGGGUUGCACCUCAGACGGAGAACAUUCCAUCUUCUUCAAUGUCGAUUUACAACCAAACCCCGAAACUUUUGCCAAACGGUCAAAUGCAUCCAGACAUGUUUUGGGCUACUCCCCCACGCCCUCCCCCAUCAAAUUUCUAGCCAUUUUCAAAUCAAGUUCUCUUUUGGUAGGGUAGAAACUAGAAAGGUAGGAUUUUUGUUGUUCUCUUUUUCCUUGAAUCAUAGUUUGAUUAGGGUUAGGGUUGUUCUUGUUGUUGCCUUGUAAUCCUACUGUGAACUUUCUAUUUUGGGGUUUGGUUGAUGGUUCUUGAAGCUAGUUUGUCUUGUUGUACUUGCCAUAUUUAAAUGGUUCCUUCUUUUAAGUACCUUGUUGUCUA